AUGUCAAAUUCAGGAGCCGGUGGACAACAUUUGGAUAUAACGGUCGAAUUUAGCGGAGGUUUGGAGUCUUUGACCCUGGAGCAAACCAAGGAGCUCAACCUGAAGAUUUACACACCAAAAGUCGACGUAGGACAACUCAUAGCAUACAUUAGGAGGACUGUAAUUGGAGCGAAAAAGGACCUCUUCUCAUUCGGGCCGGAAGCGUCUCUAUCCGAACAAGUUCGUCCAGACAGCUUGGAGGCUGGAGGAAAUUCCAUCUCCACGAGGGUCAAGGUGGAAUGCAAGGAUUCACACUUCUCCGGGGAGCUUAAUCUGAACGAGUCAUGCAAGAUUAGGCCCGGGAUUUUGGUCUUGGUCAAUGAUAUCGAUUGGGAGCUUUUGGGAACUGAGAGUUGCAUAAUCGAAAAUAAACAGCGCAUCACCUUCAUCUCUACUCUGCAUGGCGGAUAA